AGAGGCGCUUAUUGAUCAUUUCCGGUUUAAAACCAAAGAUGUUGUGGACGGUGCUACUGAUUUCGCUGGUUUUUACAGCAGAAUGCGUUAAUUGGAAACCAAGAUUUGAAUACAAAUUUAGUUUUAAAGGACCACACUUGGUGCAAAGUGAUAAAAGUGUGCCAUUCUGGGAGUAUUCCGGUGAUGCAAUUGCAAGUGAUGAGAACAUAAGAAUUACACCUUCCUUGAGAAGCAAAAAAGGACAAGUAUGGGCCAAAUACCCAACCACAUUCCCAAUGUGGUCUAUAGAAAUGGUUUUCAAGGUCUCCGGGAGAGGUCGUGUAGGUGCCGAUGGAAUGGCCAUGUGGUUUACAGAACAGCGAGGAAUUGAGGGGCCAGUGUUUGGAAGUAACGACCAAUGGAAGGGACUGUCAAUCUUCCUUGACUCUUUUGACAAUGAUGGACAGCACAAUAAUCCCUAUGUGAUGGCCAUGGUUAACGAUGGAACCAAAGUCUACGACCAUCAAAGUGAUGGUCUACAGCAGCAGACCGGAGGAUGUCUCCGAGACUUCCGAAACAAGCCGUACCCAGUCCGCAUCAAAGUGGAGUACUACAACAAUAUCCUCACAGUUUUCUUCAACAAUGGACUUACCAGUAACAAAGACGACUUUGAGUUGUGUCUGAGACAGGAGAACGUCAUCCUUCCAUCAUCAGGAUAUUUUGGAAUCUCGGCAGCUACUGGAGGACUGGCUGAUGACCACGAUGUGUUGGCUUUCCUUACUCACUCCCUGAUUGACACAGAUAAACAGCCUGACAUGCAGCAAGUUCCUGAUCAGGAAAAACAAAAAUAUGAGAAAGAAUUUGAUGAUUACUAUCAGCAACUUGAAAAACAAAAACAAGAAUUCCAGCAGCAACAUCCAGACCGUGUCAGCCCAGAUCUGGACAUGCCAGGCAUGUUCGAAUCUCAGGGUGAACAAGAACUUAAGAUGAUAUUUGAAGGACAGAACGAGAUGCAUAACUCUCUGAAAAUGUUAAAUAGAAAACUGGACGAGUUGUUAGGCAGACAGGAAAUGGUCUUAUCCAAAAUCGGUCAGCUACCCAGUGGUCAAGUUCAGGGUGGAGGUCAGCAACAGGGAGGCAACCAACCACAGCUUGGCUCUACCAUACAAAGGCACGAAGUGGACAAAGUCCUCAAUAAUCAAAAUGACAUCAUGGUAAACGCUAGAGAAAUAAGACAAAUAAUAAAUGAUGUACAACAAAAAGCUAGUUAUAUACAGAAUAAUGUAGGAGCCGGAGGGGCCCAACAAGGGGGGACCGGUGGAGGCAUCCCCGCCGACAUCGACCAGAUAAUUAGGGACCUUCACAAUAAUGUCCGCUCCGUCAAAUCGGACACCCUCAAUUUGAUGCAGCGUCCAAUGCCUACGGCGGGAAAUUGUCCUCCAGUAGAGUCCGGAUGUGUGUCUCCCUUCCUUUUCUUUCUCGCUCUAGGAGCACAAAUUAUAAUUCUUGUAGGAUACAUGGUUUAUAGGCAAAGUAAAGAAAAUCAAGCUAAGAAAUUUUACUAGGCUGACAGGGAACAUGUAAUUAAGUAUUUUAAUAUUUCAUUUGUUAAUUUCUCAUUUAUGAUUCUGCUCAUGACAAUUAUAGACUAAUCACACAUGAUUCUAAUUCCUGCUCAUUUUUGUCCGUUAAUUGUCACAUUUGUGUUUAGAUUUGUAAAGUAAAAAAUUAACACCACCUUGCAAAGUUGUGUAUAUGAAAUCGGUCACGAAGGGAGGCAACUCUCACACAUGCAAAUCAAUGUGUGCAGCUCUCUGGAAGAAGAGGGAAUAAGUGAAAAAAAUGGAGGAAGGACCUAUUUUAACUAUUGAACUCUCACAUUCUCCGACCUUCAUCCCCGGACAGGAUUAUCACAGUUGUCUCCCUUCGAUAACCUAUUUUAUACACGAUGCAAUAUGUAUGUACAGUUAGGAAAGAAUGAAAUAUUUUUGUAAAAAUGAAGUGACAUGGUGGUCCAUCGAAGUAACCCUGUUACAGUAUAUUUAUCACUGUUGAUAAAAUGUAUUGACUUGUUUUCCUUUUAAUACAAGAGUUACCAAGUAAGUCCUGAGCCUGUAUUCAUGAAUCCAUUCUCAUGCUCAAGCCUGAAAUCUGCUCAACCCAACUUUCUUUAACUCACGUAAUUCAGAAAAUAUCAGUAUAAAAGAAUGACAUAAACAUUGAAAGUAAUAUCUCACUAAAGGACUUUCCAAAAUUUGUUCAACUCAUUGAAAAAUAUCAAUCAAUAUAUCAGAAUUAUCACCAAAAAUAUUUGAGCAUGAGCAUAAAAUGUGUAUUAGAGCAUAAGAAUGUCUUCCUGAAUACGGACUCUGGAGUUUUAGGUUUGCAGACAUGUAGUCUCCUGUGAUAAGUUUAACAUGAAAUGGAAACUCAUAAACAGUCUAAGAUAGAACAUAUAGUCAUACGAUUGUCCGUUUGAAGAUUCGUUACAUACUUGAUAUUGUAAAUAAAUUCAGAAAAAAAUAAACAUUUAAAGCAGCAAUCUUCCUCCUUCAUGUAACACCUGUGAUUGCUGGCAAUCCUACAUAGAGAAACAAAGCUUUAUAAAAUAGCCGUAAAAUCAUUACAGUUCAUUCUGUAUCGUAAACCAACAGAACUUGGCACACAUUUAUAGCCCACAGUCCGUACAUCAUGGCUAUAAGUAUCAUUAGAGAUGGUUAGGAAUUCAUGCCAAGUGUGUAAACCUACUGACGUUCAGGCAUUAUUAAUUUCGGAAGUGUUUGCUGGAUCAUUGAACAUGCGGACAUUUUAGCUAUGAAGUUAUUGAUUUAAACUAGGAAAUUAUUUAUCUGAAUUGUAAAAUUCAAUACCCCUAAACUAGUUUUGUUUGGUGAAAUUUGCAAAUUUUUGAUAGCUUCAAACAUUUGUAGGUCUGCAGCAUAUAAUUCUGUUAUCAAUUAAUUUACAGCCAUUGAUUGUAAAUAGUCUGAAAUCCAAAAAUUUUGAAGAAAAAAAAAUAAAUUCAAAUUAAACCAAGAAUUGUGUGGGUAAUGUAUGAAAGUUACGGGUGAUUGAUUUGAAUGCUUGAGAGUACAUCAUACUGGAUAAAGAAAAUCUCUGGGCCAUGUCAGAGUUUCUUGUUUAAUUUGAUGGUGGACUUAUAUUAAAUGUAAUUAUAAAAAGUUAAUACUGGAACUUUAUUUGCAUUUUAUAGAAAAUUGAAAAAAAUGAAAAGCAUUUAAUAUGUUAUCAUUAUUCUGCUGCAUGUACAAUUGUUGAGAAAAAAAAUUCAUUCUGAAGUUUAAGCAUUCCGUUUUUGUUAUUGUUGUGUAAAAGGAAAGAUGUUUAUUAUCAUGUGCAAUGGUUUUCCUUUGUCUUCAUAACACUAGUCUCAUAUUAAUGCCAUAUUUCUUGAAUGAUUCUCCACUUAUUAGUAUCUCUUAUUUCAAUUCCAUUAUUGUAAAUCUUCUAUUUCUCACAAUAAUAUAUUUACCUGACAAUAACCCCAAUCUCAUGCAUAUUACAGUUAAGUAAAACAGCUAACAAAUGUCAUUUCAUAGCCCUGCAAUAAACCCACGACCCAUGCCUGGUUAUAAGCCCCUUGAUGUCUCUAACAGUUCCGCUAAAAAAGCUAACAUAUGCUAUAUCAUUGUCCUGCAAUAAGCUAAUGUCUGGAAUAAGCCAAAUCCUGCCUUUAACCGUUCAGUAGCAAUGCUCACAAAUGAUUUUCAUUUCCAUGUGAUAAGCCUACAAGAAAUUUUGAUAUUAUUUUUUGUUGGCCACCAGUGUAUAUGACAAGUUAAUUUGGUAUUAAGUACUGAUUUAUACUUAAGCAAUCAGGUCAAUGUUUAUGUAACAUUUCAAUGAGUAGAUUGACAUGGACUUUGUCACCAUCAUCAGUAAGAAUAGAUACUCUAAAAGUCUUUAAACAUUGAACAUUGCUCAAUCAUUUUCCGUUGAUAUCAAAUAGUACAACAACAUUGAUAAAGAGAAGUUAUUUUUUAUUUCUGAAAAUCAUUUAAAAUUUAGCAGUUUAAGUAACUAUCCUGCAUGAGUUCACCAAUGUAAUGGAUAUCAUAUGUUUGAUUGGGGAUGGACAAAUUGAAGCUUGUUGUAGUGAAGUGUUUGAAUUAAACCCCGCUGUCAGUGGUCCCUGUUUAGGAAAACAUAGCUAUUUUAUGUGAUAGGUAUCUCAUUGAAAUUACAGGAACUCAUCAUAAUUUGAGCAUAAAAUGAUGACAAUACCAUUUGUUUAUAAAUCCCAUAAACCACAAACAGCAGGAAGUAUAUAAGUGUCCUAGUUUAAGACUUGGAAUGUAUUUUAAUAAUGAGGUUGUUUUUUAGUUUAACCUUAGUAUUUUAUUUUGUCAGAUCUGUAUCAAUGUGGUUUAUUACAAGCACUUUACUUCACACAUAUUUAAAUGGAAUCUUGAACAGGUCUUUUAAUGAAAAUUGAUACUAAAAAAAAAAUCAUGUAUGGGGUUAAAAAUAGGGUUAAGCAUUUUAAUUACAAAAUGGGUUAUAUUAUAGAACCUUUCAGUUACUAUUUUUAUCAUGAAGCUUUCUUCACGAAUGUGGGGAUAUAUUAAUCUUCAUGUUGAAGCGUGGAUAUUUUGAUGAAUUGUGAGAGUCAAUUAAUAUUUUGUAUAAAAGUAUCAGCUUAUACAUAAUGUAUUUGUAGCUUGUGUUAGACUUUUUCGUAAUUUCAUAUCUUUACCGCAUGAUUUCAUGUUUUGUUUUCAUGUCGUGCUGCAUGCUGUGAACACUAAGAUCAGAAUUUCUUGUUUUAUUUGAAUGAGUGAAUUGUGAAAAUUAACUGAGUACAUGGUAAUAAGAGAACGUUAGUACAAGAUUUGAAUGAACCAGAUAUUAUUGAGUUUAGUUAUAUUAACAUCACAUCAUAAUCAAGCUUUUCACUAACCAGAUAUCUAUCAUGCUGAUUAAGAUAAAAGAAACUUUAAAAUUUUAUCCUGAACAAGUUUAUAGAUUUCAUAAGAUAUAUUUGAAGGCUAUUCCCACUGAUAAAUACCUGUAAGAGCUGGUGAAGGGACGAGAUCAGGCUCUGGGAUCAAUGAACGAUUUUAAACUAAAGUUUUUGCUCAGCCAAUCAGGUUUGACGUCUCUUUUAAUAACAUUACCUGUGAUUGGAUAAGCCAAUCAUAAGAUGAUUUUAUUCUUAAACUUGAUGAUCCUGAUCUCUCACACUCUUGUGAUUAGAGAUGGUUUGUUAUUCGUCUUGCCUUAUACCACCUUCCCACCCCAGCAUCAAUACCCACCAUAGAUAUUUUAUCAUUGUUAAGUAAGUGUUAGAUAAUCCGGCCAGAUAAUCAUAAAUAUAGGUCAAUCUAGAUUUUUAAUGAGCAUAAUUCUGAAACUUUACUACAACUUCUCAUAAAUUGAAAUAUUGUAUACUUAGGUGGUACACUGUCCAUUCUGGUAGGUGGCUGGGGUUUGGUUCUUUAUUCAGAUGUGAAACGGUAUGGGGGUUACCUCCCUGACCACAUGGGUUUUCUCAAAGUACUCUGGUAUCCUCUUAAAGUAAGAUCAUUCACAUGCUUCCAUCUGGGCCAGUGAUUAAGCUAUUAUUAUAACUUGCUUCACAUUUGUAUUAGUGUGUAAUUGGAAGUUUGUUUUUAAACCUGAACAUGAGCAUUUUUUUGUUAAUUUCUCCAUGUACAAAUGUACAUCAUUUCUCGGAUCCAGUCAUAUUUUCAAAUUAAAAUAUAAAACUGAAAAUAUUUCAACAACACAGUUAUAAGCAAAUCAGGUUUUGCUUGAAUUUCAAUUUUAAAAUCUUGAAAUUGUUAUUAAAUUUAUUAACUUAAAAAAAAAUUAAUGGAAAGUUGGGACCUUUAAUGCUCACAAAAUUAUAACAUUAGAAACUGAAAAUUUUGUACCAUUAAUAUAUAUCACAACUGAACUUUACCUAUAAAUGAAUUCAUUGUUUAGUUUGUCCAUAUUUAUGUAAUUGGCCGGAUAUUUUUACCUGUUUUUACCUUGUUAAGUAGUAUGUUAUAUAUAGGUAUUGGUGUCACUAGUAGCUGUAUUGCUUAGAAGUAAAUAUUGUAAUAAUCUGAUAAUUAUUGAUACGGUCGUGUUUCCAUGCCUCAUGGGGUUACUGUACAUUUCAGUAACGUUUUGUGCAAAGAAAUUAAACGAUGUAAAUUUA